AGAUGUGCCUAGUAAUAAUCUCUUGCUAUGUAUUCUUGAAGAGGUUUUACUGAAGAGGUUGUAGGGUGGAGGAAGGUGAAGAAUACAGUUACUUGAUGACGCUGGUAUUUUUGAGCUGACUUUCAUCAAGUACUAAGACUGGAAAGAUCAUGGACAUGUAUGCCAGAGCUCAGGGCAGUCGAAUGAAACCAAGAAUAUCUGUGAAACAGAGUUUUGGUGAAGGUAUACUGCACUCUAUGAAGUCACUGCUACACAGCAGGAAAGAGUUAUGCAAUGUAUCAGCAGAGGAAUGCCUAAAUCGGGAAGAAGAAGAUAAUUUUAUUGAGAUUACAUUUAUAGGUUUUGCUGAAGAGAUGGGUACUGCUCGCUUGCAGGAGUUGUCAGCUGUUUCUGUAGAGCUUCCAGAUGUUCUGAAAUCACUCCAGUUGCGCAAACUAAAGGAAAACGAGGCUAUAUUUCUAAAAGAUGUAAAGAAAAGCUUGGCAAAACCUUGUGUCGUGAAACAUCAGAAUCAACUUGCUGAAGUGUUUUGUGUGGUGAGACUGACUCCUUCAUUCCCAAGGAUCAAAGUUGAUUAUAUAUUUACCUUGCUGAGCAAGUAUACCACAGGCAUAAGAUAUGCAGUAGAAAUCAACUCUUCACAAAAACAUCAAACAGAGACAUCCCAUGGAGAAGAUGAUGACACUAAUCACUCAGUUUCUUCAAUUGAGGAUGAUUUUGUUACUGCUUUUGAACACUUAGAUGAAGAUGAACCUUCAAAGAUACAAAAUACUGGUGCAUGCAGCUUUACUUCUCAAAACCAUCGAGAUGCUGCUUCACAGACCAUCCCUGCUCAGUGUUUAGAAGCUGUUGACUCAAAGAUCCUUGUAGGUUCUGCACAUCAAAAGUCAUCUGCUAGAUCUUCUACUUUGAUUGAUGUUUUGGGACUUAAGGAACUGUCCUCAGUAAAGAAUUCAGUAACAACCUCAAUAUCUGAUCCUUGGAUACAAAGGAGUUUCUAUAAGCCAUAUAAUCCUUCUGAUCAAGGUGUUCAUUUUUUACGUAAAACAUUGUUUUCUUCCUCUCCAGCUGAAUCCUCUGAGUCAGACUGCUCCAGUCCAAGCCCCAUCAUCUUCUUAGAUGAAGAAGGGUAUCAAAAAAGCUUGAAGGCAAAACUUCAGCUGCCAAAAAUUCCAGUAGUGAAAGAUGGUAUAGAGGAUUCAGACUCAGAAGUAAGUGAAUUUUUUGAUAGUUUCGAUCAGUUUGAUGAGCUGGAGCAAGCCUUGGAAAACUCUUGUAAAAUUAUUAGGGAACCCAUCCUAGGGAAUCCCACCCAGAAAAGGAGGACUGCACAUGAAAAGUUGUCUUCUACAAGCAUUACAAUGAAUCCUCAGAAGUUCAAUUUUGAUCGUCCCACUCUCCCAGCCAGUGUAAAGAAACCAACUCCUCGUAAGCCAGAAUCACCAUACAGCAGCAUCUUCGAGGUCCCGGAUUCCCCUCGCCCAGUUAAAACAUCAGGGGAAGAGAAUGGAGGCUUCUUCAGCCCUAUUAGAACGUCAGCCUUCAGUCCACUGGGGAGCUGUGGUUCUUCCGAAUGUUUGUGUCGAAGUAGUCUUGGUGGAGAUGGGACAGGCCGAAAUCACCAUGAUGCAGCUUAUAAUAGUUACUCGGCAUAUGCUGAUAGUGUUUCAUCUGAAAUACUUGGUUCUGUUUUUUCUUCCGAGUCCUCAUCAGUAAAAGUGUGUGCAGGAGAUGAUUCGAAGCACAAAAGGAUUGCUUUGAAAGAGAAAAAAAGGCAAGCUGCAGAUCUCAAAAUGAAAACUAGUAAGGAACCAGAUAAACAAGCAAAAUCUAAACAUAAGUCACUUAUGAUUAGAGAUAGCAUUCAAAAAUUUGCAACUGAAUUGGUUGAAAAAAGUUUUGGCAGUGCAUUUAAAGACCUGCAAAAAGGUGUUUCCUCAUGCACCAAUGCACUUUGUCAUUUGGCUGCUAGGUUGACUUCUUCGGUCUUUCAGAUGGCUUUUUAUGAGAUUGGAAGACGUAGAGCAAUCUCCCUUAAGGAACGUGCCAUUAAUGGGAUAGCAAACUUUUUGGUGAGCGAAGCUAUAACUGCUGCUUUGAAAGAACUGCGUCACGUAAAGAAACAAAUAUUUACCAACACUGUUGCACGGUUUGCAGCAGACCUUGCUGAAGAACUUGUGUUUGAAGGAAUCAUGGAAGUAUGCCAGUUCUCAUAUCCAUCGACACCUACAGCUUCACAGCCUUCAUCAUUUGAUUAUGAAAACAAAGUGGUAAGAUCCUAUGCCCGAGAUUUGUCUGAAUCUGUCAUUCAGGAGGCAUUUAUUGAACUAUCUCAGGUUGACGUGACCUUCACAACACAAGCAGCCAUUAGUGUUUCCAUGGACAAUAUUAAAUAUGUAAGCGCAGAAAGUAUGUUAGAGUCAACGCAGACCUCCACAGUUUUUCCUAAUUUUAAUGAUAGGAUAGCACUAAAGCCAAUCCAAGAUUCCAAGAAGGAAUAUACAGUACAUCAAGCUCUGUUUUGCACCUCUGGCAUUGUAAGUUCAAUACCUGUGCCCUUAGCUGGAAGAGCUCUUUGUCAACAACAGGUUUCCUCUGAUGCUUACAAAGCAAAAGUAUCAAGUACUCCAAAUGCUGAUGACAAUGUGAAAGUAUUCAAAGACUCCACUCAUCCAUUUUUCACAAGCAGAAAGAGAGAGGAGGAAGUCUCUUCUUUCAGAAAUAUAUAUCUAACUUCAGAUCACGGUCCAAGUACCGAAAGUACUCCAUCACUCUUUUGUAACCAAAACGAUACCAAACUAACAAAUAAUAGAUCUGGAAUGAACAGUAGUUCAGAAUUAACAAGUGGGUCAAAAGGCAUUAAUGCUUUCUCUGGAACAAUGGUAGAUAUGAUAGUAAAUGAAGCUUAUGAAGCCAUAACUUCAUCUAGAGUAACAAAAGCAGUAGAAGACUAUACAGAUUUUUUAACCAGAAAAAUAGUAGAUAAAAAACCUUACGUGCAAAGUAUUGGUGAAGACUUGCCCAAGAAUAUGUUUGCAGAUCAUUUGGCCAAGUAUGUCAUAAAACAAUCUGUGGAUGAAAGUAAAACUGUGUUAUGCAACACUAGUGAGAAUUUAACAUGUAAUGUGAGCUCACAGACCUGCGGAGAUACCAAUCGAAAAGAACGGUGUGUGAUAAAGAAGCCAGAGGCUGAGAAACAAAGUAAUGUUUCUAUAAUUGUGGAACAACAACAGUUGCCUUUGAAUAAUCCAUGUAAAUUUCUUACUCCAACUCAUUCUAUUCAGUGUUUUUCAGAAUCUAAAGAUUGUUGGCAGGAACAAAAAGGACAUAGAUUUUCUUCGAAAUCACCACCCCCUUGUUCCACUGUGACUUUUGCUAAGCAUGUUCUAGAGGACUGUACUGACAUGGGAAGCUGUUCAAUAACAUGCUUAAACAAGACUUCAAAAAAAAAUGAUACCCAGAAACUAUCAGCAGGAGCUUUGAAUUACAGGCAGGCCGAUUGUUUUCUGCAUGCAAAUAGCUUUUCUUCAGUGAUGUUUGGCAGUGAAGGUGCUUUGCAGAUUGAAGAAAAAUCAAGUCUCAAACAUGGAAAUACCUGUUUAAUGCCCGAUACACCCCCACCGACUCCUUUAGUACCAUGUGAAGGUACUUCUGAAAGGAACCUAAGAAAACUAUCCAAGAAACUCAAGGGAGAAUUAGCAAAGGAAUUUGCACCUGCAACACCGCCUUCUACACCCUACAAUCCAUCCAUUACUGAUUUUUCUGCAACUGAACAUGACUCUUUGGAAAAUGAGGAAUUUAUGCUUAAACUCAUGCGGUCACUUUCUGAAGAAGUGGAAAGUAGUGAAGAUGAAGAUCAUUCUCAGAUACCUGUUGAGAAAGGGGAGCAUUUGGAAAAAACAGUUCAGUAUGCUGAUUGUUUAGCUAGCCAUAUAGUUUCAAUAGCGACUGAAAUGGCUGCUUCCCGUUUAGAUGGUAAAACAAAUGAAAGAGAUGCUGGUAGGCAGGUUCAGUUAGGUAUGCAAAAGAAAAUAUGUGGAUAUACUGCAUUUAUAAAUAUCCCAGAAGAGACAUGCAAUUCUUUAUGGAAUUAUGCAGGAGAUAUGGCAGGAAAAGUCAUCAGUGAGGCCAAGAAAGUAGUGAAAUCAAGGCAUUGUAAACUGUUGAGGUUGAAGCGGGUUAACUGUCAAGUGGAUUGCUUUUAUCUGAGAAAAAGCGAUAAAGAUGGUAGUUCAAAAGAAGGGUGUGGUCCAGUGCGGGACCAGUGGCUGGGGGACAGGGGCUCAUCUGUACUUCCUUUACCACAAGGUUCAGGCACGACAGGUUUGACUUCCAAGUACCCGAGCUGUGAAAGUGUGACUGACGAAUAUGCAGACCAUGUCAUUCGAGUUUUGAAAAGAGAAGGUGGUAGUGCUGAGCUGUUAAUGGAUCAGUAUGCUAGCAGACUUGCUUACAGGUCUAUCAAAUCGGGCUUGCAGCAAGCUGCUAGAAAAACCAAAAUGCGAUACAAUAGAAAGAUGUUUCCUGCGCAAAAUGCACAGGUAAAUGGUAAGCUGGAGCUGAUCAAAGCAGUGAACAAAGAUGCAGUACAGCCAGUGAAAAGCAGCAUUCAUCACUGUGAAGGCCAAAUGUGUGAAAGGAGUGUUGGGACGCAGAGAACAGAAUGUACUGAGUUGUUGCAUUUUUCAGGAUCCCUUGCUCACAGUAUCACUUCUGAUGUCAGGAAGAAACUGAAAAUGUCGGGAGCGUCUUUGCCGAAGUCUCUGACAGAUUCCUGUCUGUAUAAAAAGACUGAAUUUGAUGAACUCACGGGGGAUCUCAUUAAAACAAGACUUUCUAGGACAUUUCUUCCUUUCUCCCCAGAUCAUAAACUGUAUCAUAGUACAGGUAGUAUAAAUGAAAAUGGCUACACUGAAGGAAUAAUUCAAGCUAUAGAACAAUAUGCUAGAAAAGUCGCAGAUGAUACUCUAGAAAUGAGUUUAGAGUCAGCUAUUCUCCGUGUGGGUGAAAACAGAAAAAGUGGCGAUAAGCUCUCGUAUACUGAGAAACUGUCUCCUUUUUCUGGAGCUGUCUGUAGAUGCUGCAGUAUGAAGGAACACCGGUACUGUACAGAAAGUAUGUCUCAUCAUCUACCUGCACAAGAAUCCUGCAUUCCAGUGAGGCAUUUACUUCAUUCUGGAUCGGGUGGUGCCUGUCAGAAUUCAAGAGUGUUUCAGCUUGAUAUUCCCAAAAUUCACGUUGAUGUAGAACAGAGGACAGUGUUUUCUGACAAGGGGGCUACUGCAGCCAUAGAGAAAGCAGAAAGAGAGCUGAGUUACACAAGUCUGACGGCUGACAGUGGUAUUGGACCAGAUGGAGUCAGUUUUGCUGAAAGCCUUACUACUGAAAUAAUGACAUCAGCUAUGACUAAUAUUGGUCAGGCAGUUACCAUAAGCUCUGUUGGAAGAGAAGGAUUUCACUCUGUUGAAUCUGUUGUUAGCCAUCAGAUGAGUCUUAGUAUUGGUGAUGAUAGCACUGGGAGUUGGUCCAAUCUAAGUUUUGAAGAUGAACAUCCUGAUGAGAGCAGCAGUUUUCUUCACCUCAGUGACAGUUCAGCCGUGUUCUCUUCUUCUCCUGGCAGUAAUGGUAACAGCAGUAGCUGGAGCAGUCUUGGUUUAGAAGGGGAUAUGUAUGAGGAGAAUUUAUCCUUUCCAACAUCAGACAGUGAUGGAACAGAAGAUAAAGAUGAAGAUUCCAAGGAUGCUGUAGAAGGUUUGGAGCAAAUCCGAAAGACUUUAUCAGUAGCGAAUAUUGAUCUGGAACGAAAUCUAGUGGACCCCCAGCUCAGAGUAGCGCUCCAGUGGCUGGCAGCUUCUGAAACAGAGGUGUCUGAUCUUCACUUCCGUGACACUGCCUCAAGGGAAUUUGUCUUUCUUUCCAGAAGACUGCAAGAAAGAGAUUGGAAAGUUGGGGAUCUCUUGCAAGCGGUGCUGAAAUAUUGUGAAAUGAUAGAGAAGGCAUCUGAUGGAGAAAAAGCUCUAAAUAAGUCUUUCGUCAGUUGGCUUCUGGAAAAUGUCUGAAAAGUCCAAAGAUGCAACAUUCUUCACUUCAUUCCUCGUUUGAAAGGAGAUAGAAAGAACACAGAUGUGUAAACUAAAAUUCAGCUAGUGAAUGUUUAAAGUAAUAGUCAGCAAUUAAAAGACUUGGAGGUGAAAGUCAAAAUAA